AUGUUUAGAGAUAGAACCAACUUAUUUCUAUCGUACCGUCGUACUUUUCCUCAUAAUGCCCAAUUUUCCACAAUUGGAAGUGGAAGGAAACCAUUUCAAGACAACGAAAAUGUGGGAGAUCUUGAUUUAGAGGCUUAUCCUAUGGUGGAUAUGGAUUCCACUAGCUCUAGUGGUAAAUUGGAUACAUUACCCCCAUUAUUUGUGGAAAUUGCAAGAGAUAUUGAUGAAUAUUUGAUAGAAGUGGCGUCGUUGAUGGGGAAAUUAACUAAACUGUAUAAGAAGAAUUCAUUGCCUGGUUUUGAAGACAAGAGUCGUGAUGAGAGCGUCAUUGAGGACUUAAGUUAUAAGGUUAUUCAGAACUUCCAAAAAUGUUACAAUAUCACCAAGAAGUUGGAAAAAAUAUUUAACACGCAGAUGAUGGAGGGCAAACAGUUAAAUAAAGGGGAAUUGAUUAUCUUAGAUAAUAUUUUAAAAAGAUAUGCGCAAAAGAUCCAAGGUGAGAGUAACAGAUUUAGAGUACUGCAGAAUAGUUAUUUGAAAUUUUUGAAUAAAGAUGAUUUGAAACCAAUUUCGGCAAAGCCAGAAAGUGAUACGUCUCAAAUGUUAUUGUUCGAGAUGGAGGAUAAUGAGCAAUCAAACGUGGAAGCACAGCAAGACAUUGAUGCAUAUUCAAGGAAGACUUUACAGCGACAACAAGAGUUAACUACGACAAAUGAAUCUAGUCAACAAUUUUUACAACAAAGAGAUGAAGAAAUUACCCAAUUGGCCAAGGGUGUCCUUGAAGUGAGUACUAUUUUCAGAGAGAUGCAAGGUCUUAUUAUAGACCAAGGGACAGUGGUGGACCGGAUUGAUUAUAAUUUGCAAAACACAACGAUUCAAUUGAAAGAGGCAAAUAAAGAGUUGGGACAAGCAACAGUUUAUCAAAAAAGGACCCAAAAAUGUAAGAUCAUUUUGCUGCUAAGUCUAUGUGUGAUAGCCUUAUUUUUCUUUGUUAUGUUGAAACCAAGUAGCAGUGGUGGUGGUGGUGGUGGUGAAGGAAGUAGAAGUCAUACUGAUAAACAAGAGGAUCAUAAGACACCUAGCAGGCCCAAGGAAAACAACAAUUCACCGGCAAAUAAUAUAGAUGAAUCAAGACCUGAAAUAGAGUUAAAACCGGAAACUGAAGAUGUAAAGGGAGCGCUUGAAGAUAAUACUGUGCGAGAUCUGUUGGAUGAUACAGUUAUUGAUGAAAAACUGCGAAUCGCCAUUAUAUAG